AUGGCCAGCGAGGUAGCAGAGGAUACAUUUGUGAAACUAAGCAAAGAGGAGGUCGGUUAUCUUAAGACUUUUUAUUCCACCGCCACAGUUUCUAACGCUGCGGAAACGUGGAAAAAGAAAUCAGUCUCAAUAGUAUCUCCGAAAUCUGGAAGAAUAUUAAGACAGAAAAAAGAUGGAGAAAAGAAAGCACUUAAAACAGAACAGAAUGGGAAGGAAUCUUCUGGAUUCUUCACGAGAAUGUUUGAAGACUUUAGAAAAGCCAAAGUGUCUGAUUAUACCUACCAACAAUCGAAUGUGCGACGAAAUAGUUCUUAUAAACCUUUUUGGGCGACUAAAGUUGAGGAACCGAAAACAAAAGCCAUAGAUGAACCAGAAAUCACAACUAGAAAUGUUAAAGCUGUGGAACGCAGUAAUGCGCUGGUUAACAAAAGUAUGAUUUUUUCUAAAGAAGUGGUUGGGUCUCCUAAAGUUACAUUGACGAAUGUACGUACCAAGCAUAGUACGCCGGAAAAGAGGCUCUCGAAUGUAGACCAUCAUAUGGUGCACAGGUUGAAGAUGCCGGCCGGCUAUAAUGGCAGCAAAAUGUUCAUGCCCACUGGUGAACAACUGUUUUGGCUAGGCGAGGCCCGUCCAUCAAACUUUGGCCCGGCUACGUACCAAGACUUCAAGGAGAUCAGGUCUCGUUGCUACUCUGAAGGAAGGCUCUUUGAGGACCCGGAGUUCCCAGCCAAUGACCGCAGUCUUUACUACAAGGAGAGACUUGAUAGACCAAUCACUUGGCUGCGACCAAAGGAGAUAUGCGAUGAUCCUCAACUGUUCGUGGAGGGGUACAGUCGUUUCGAUGUUCAGCAGGGAGAGCUCGGUGACUGCUGGCUACUGGCCGCCGUUGCCAACCUCACCCUACACAGAAAAUUGUUCUUCCAAGUGGUGCCAGAUGACCAGAGCUUCGAUGAGGAGUAUGCUGGUGUCUUCCAUUUCCGUUUCUGGCAGUACGGUCGUUGGGUGGACGUGGUGAUCGACGACAGACUGCCGACGUACCGCGGCAAGCUGGUCUUCCUUCACUCCUCGGAGCAGAACGAGUUCUGGAGUGCACUGCUUGAGAAGGCGUAUGCUAAACUGCACGGUUCCUACGAAGCUCUGAAGGGCGGUUCGACAUGCGAGGCGAUGGAGGACUUCACCGGAGGAGUGACGGAGAUGUACGAUAUAGCGGAAUUACCUCCCAACUUUUACACUAUACUGCUUAAAGCGUACGAGAGGAACUCGCUCAGCGGGUGCAGUAUUGAGCCGGACCCCAACAUCUUAGAAGCGGAGACCCCAGCCGGCCUGAUCCGGGGUCACGCAUACUCCAUAACGAAGGUGAAGUACGUGGACAUCGAGACCCCGGGCCGCAGCGGUAAGAUACCACUACUGCGACUGCGCAACCCAUGGGGCAAUGAAGCCGAGUGGAACGGACCUUGGAGUGAUAAGUCACCGGAAUGGCGUUUCAUCCCCGAAUCAGAGAAGGAAGAGAUGGGGCUCACGUUCGAUGACGACGGAGAGUUUUGGAUGUCAUUCAAGGACUUUGUUAAUCACUUCUCAAGAGUGGAGAUUUGCAACUUGAACCCUGACUCCUUGGACCCGGAGGAGUGCCCCGAGGGAUGCACCAAGAAGUGGGAGAUGUCAGUCUUCGAGGGAGAGUGGGUUAGAGGUGUGACUGCGGGAGGAUGCAGGAACUACCUGGAGACGUUCUGGAAGAACCCUCAGUACACCGUCACCUUGCAAGAUGUCGACGAGGGCGAUGACGAGAACAAGUGCACUAUCAUCGUAGCUCUAAUGCAGAAGAACCGGCGUUCCCAGCGCCACCAAGGCUUGGAGUGUCUGACGAUAGGCUUCGCCGUGUACCGUCUCCCCGACUAUGGACACGUACCUAAACCUCUCGACGUCAACUUCUUUAAGUACAACGCUUCCGUGGGACGCAGUCAGGCCUUCAUCAAUCUCCGUGAAGUCAGCGCUAGGUUCAAGUUGGACCCAGGCAGUUACGUGAUAGUACCGUCCACCUUCGAUCCUGAUGAAGAAGGAGAAUUCCUGCUUAGAGUCUUCUCGGAGAAGUCUAACAACAUGGCCGAAAAUGACGAGGACAUCGGUAUGGGAGAUGUUGAUGACCGGGUAAAGGAUAUAGCUCCCAAUCCCGAGCCGGCAGAUCCUGUGCGGGAUCUCUUCAACAGACUGGCCGGAGCUGAUGGCGAGGUAGACUGGCAGGAACUCAAAGAGAUCCUCGACUACGCCAUGCGUGAAGAGCUAGCGAUGAAGCAAGGCGCGGCUUACGAUGGCGGCGGAGGGGGAGGGGUGCACUACUCCCCCCCAGGGGGAGGGGGCAACGAGCCCAGCUGCCUGGAACAACUACUCUGUGCCCUUUGCACCCCCAUCUGCAAAGAAAUCGGAGUUGACCUGCAGCAAAUGCAGCAACAGAACCAGAAUCAAGAACAGGUCCAUCUUACGCAACCACAACCGCAAACAGAGCUGAAAGGACAAGGAUUUUCAAAGGAUGUCUGCCGUAGUAUGGUCGCUAUGUUGGAUAAGGACGGGUCUGGUGGACUCGGCUUUGAUGAGUUCAAAACGUUGUGGAUCGAUCUACGUAACUGGCGUGCGGUGUUCCGCCUGUACGACACGGAGGGUCGCGGCGCCAUCCCCCCGCAACACCUGAGGGACGCGCUGCACUCCGCCGGGUAUACCGUCAACGCUCACGUACUCAACGUCCUCGCCCACAGAUACAGCUCUCCGGAUGGAUACAUUCAAUUCGAUGAUUUCAUAAUGUGCUCGGUGCGACUGAAGACUAUGAUCGAUACGUUCAAGGGGAGAUCUUCAGGCGGGGAAUACGCCACUUUCUCCCUCGAAGAAUGGCUAAAUCGCACAGUCUACGCAUAAAACGUCGGAAACUAUGCCUUAUUGUCGUUAGAAACAAGGUCUACAAUCGCAAAAUGUACAUUGAAAUAUUUAAAAAGUUGUUUCCUCCAUAAAUUUGUUGUAUCGAGUACCUUUUGCUAAUGUACGUGAGAUUUUAUAUGUCUAAGUCACAAAUAUUUAAUACUAAAAUUAAGGUCUAAUUACGGUGACUUAAUUCUCUUAUACGGGUAUAAAUAAACCUAACUAAAAAUAAAAAUAUUUUUAUAUUCGCCUAUAAUCAAAAUAGUUUAAUGUAAAAACAGUAUUUUUGUUAUCCACCGAUUAUCCAUUCCAAUGUGCUAGAGCGUUUUGUCUAUGGUUCAUCUAUGGUCAAGACGUACCGUGUUUAGUUCUGUGCGAUUAGCUAAGAAAGCUUUUUACGUGAAAAUAAUAUUUCAUUCAUAUAAUUAUAUAUGUUGUAAUGUAUACAUGUUGCACUCAGUUGCAUUCACAAUGCAUUUUAUAAUCGCAAAACCUUUAUUUAUUUUGACAUAUUUUUGUUAUAAAGAUCUGAAAUAAAAACAUUUAUUCGUAUAAUAUUUGGUUUUCUUUACUCCAAAUAGCUUAUUUUUUACAUACAAUUAGUACUAGAAUUAGAUUAUAAAAAAGAAAUUCUAUUCAUAUACAGACAUUACAUAAUAAUUAUGUAUCUUUCCAAAUUAUA